AUGUCCCUAAGAUCAGUACUAAAACUAAGCUUUUACUUGUUUGUAAUAAGUUCAUACAAAACUCUCCCUGGUGCAUAUUUCAUUAGAUUCAGUUAUUAUCUCGCAAAGAAUGUUGUGAUUCCUAUGCUAACACAUAGAAAGGGUGAAGCUACGGCGAAUAUAAAGCGAUUACGAAAAGACGAAUACGCUGCAUUUGGACACACGGUAUUGAAGACAUACUGCUCGCCGUUUGAGUGGGAUUUCUACCUUCACAAGAAUAACAGUUCAUAUUUUGAAGAUCUUGAUAUUGCGCGCACGGAUUUAAUUACGAAGUUGUUCCAAAAGCUUUUUAUAGACUCAUAUAGCUGGCCAUAUACUCCUGUUGCGAAUGUAUUCACCAGCUAUUCCAAGCAAAUUAGUCCGUUUCAGCGCUACCAAAUUCGGUCCAAUAUCCUUUGCUGGGACGAGAAAUGGAUAUAUGUUAUUUCGAAGUUCAUAAUCAACGAGAACGAGGAAUGCUCGAUAUCCAUUACAAAGUACGUUUUGAAGGACGGAAGAAAGACUAUCAAGCCCAGAGAGGCACUAGAGUUUUGUGAAAUCUACAACGAGAAGGUGGAGAACAUUUCAAGGCGCAAUUUAAAAAUUCUUUCCGAAGAGUCAGGAUUCCAUGAUAUUACACAGCUUGCCGGUUUACAACAUAUAUAUUCUGAAAUUUAG